AUGCUGAUCGACGCGGAGACGCACUGCCUGGCGCCUCGGCUGAGGGGCGUGCUGCAGGGCAUGCGGGGCGCGGUGCCCAAGGCCGCUGCAGACCUGGAGUCCACGACCCUGGAGCAGGGCCUCCAGGACGCCGACUGGUUUCUGACGGUGGCGAUCUCUCUGCUCAAUGGGAAGGAUCCCAAGGGUGGGCCUGCCCGGAUGGCCGCGGUUGACUUCAGCCAGGACUUUGGGCGAGAGGCCAGCGCCCUUGGAAACGACGCCAGGGUGGGGGCGACACUGGCAAUGGUCGAGGGGGAGCAGCUGGCGAAUUGCGAGAUGUUCGGCACCCAGCUGCUCUUCGACUUCUCCCAGUUCAAGCCGAGGGGUCACUACGAGAAGAGCCCCGCCCUCAGGAGGUACUUUCGUGCCUUUAUGUGGUGCGGGCGGACUGUCAUGCCGAUGGGUGGCGGCGAGGACGGACGAGAUACACGGGGCCUGGGCUGCGCCUUGGCGCUGCUGCACCUGUUGCAGGAGUCUGGGCAUUUUGAGGGGUGGGAGGUGCUGGAGGACACGCUUGCGGCAUUCGUGGGCGAGGCGGACUCCAUGACAUUCCGCCAAUUAGAUGCGGUUGUUCGCCAGUACUGCUCUCAGGCGGGUGUGCAAACCCUGAAGGAAUUGCGAGAGGUGCACUCCCUUUCGGAACUCCUGGUGCUCAUCAAAAAUGCAGGCCUUGGAAAGGAGGCCAUCUGUAGCUCAGUGGUGGAAGACAGUUCCCGGAACCCUCCGGCGUUCACUUUCUCUGGACAGAAGUUCAUCAUGGACAGCUGGGCGAUGUCCAACAGCGUGUAUGACAGGAUCGCGUACAAUGGCAAGAAAGUCCCACACAUCCACCCCAGUUGCCUGGAUGUGUGCUUCUCAGUCCUUGGCAAUGAUUCUGUGGUGCCACAGAUCGUGAACAGGGUAAAGGAAAGCAAACUGCCAUUCCACUCCAGCCUAGCCGCCAUCAGAGCUGUCUUUGAUGCGCUUGAGGAAAAGACUUGGAGGAAGAGCCUGUACGCCCUGUGGCUUAGGCUGCUCAGGACUCUGUCAACGCCCACCACAGACGAUCAGUUUCCAGAGGCCAUGAGGACGAGGGCAUGGGCUGCCAAGACCGCGGAGACGCAGGCAGCGAGCUGGGCCCAGUUGAGGCACGAUACCAUCCUGUAUGCAAAGCAGUCUUAUGGCUGUUGUGGUGGUUGCGAGUAUCCGGCCGGCUAUGUGGAGCCCCGUCCGGACUUCUGGGCUGCCUUCCUGGACAUGAUCGGGAGAGUGAAGGAGAUCCUGCUCAAUGGGGCUGUGGGAGAUGGUCCAGAAGCUGAUUUGAUAGAAAAGGCGAAAAGGGAUCUGAGCUGCGGCAAGCGCAACAUCUCACAGGUCCUGUCACUGAGACACGAGACACGGUACUGUCCCAGACCAGCACGGGAAGAAAACUCGACACUCGAGAUUCUGAGAAAGCAAAUUACUGUGAUGGAACGCUGGGAAGAUGCCCUCUUGACGAUCCAUGCAAUUGCCAAAAAGGAAUUGCGCCAUCACCCGAUGAACAAAGCGGAAACCGAGUUUCUGAAGAAGGUUGUGAGGAAGGAUUUUGGAGGGAGUGGGCCUCCCAGGUACAAUGGUUGGUACUGCGGAUUGUUCUACAAGUCCGCUGAAGACUCUUGCGAACGGGACGUCAUUGUUGCGGACGUUCACACCCAGCCCCCCGGCGAUAUGGACCCGGAAGGAUUCGUGCUCCACCAGGGGGUCAGCCUGCCGGCCCUGAUGACCAUUGCCGUGAACACUGGCCCUGACUUGGCAGUAUAUGUGGGGCCUGUCUUCAGCCAUCACGAAUUUGAGUUGAAAGGGGUGCAUCGCCUGAGCGACUCCGAAUGGAAUCAGCGAGUAAGGAGCGGCGAUCUGCCCGCAGCAGCAGACUGGAAGACAUUCAUUGCGGCAAGCUGA